AUGUCUUCCACAGAAGCUUCCCGCCGUACCCGUGCAUCGAAUGCAACCGCCAGACCUGGAAAAAUAGUGCUCGACGCACAAACCAAGAGGCGCACCAAGGCACAGAAGGCUGCUGACAAUCUUGCCGUUAAAGAAGCCAAGAAGCCAAAGAAGCGGCGGUCCAAAAGGGAGUUGAGCGCCUUGCUGGCGACUCCUGUUUGGCCCAAGCCAAAGGCUCGAAAGGCGACAAAGGCUACUGUAAAGGGAGGUGACAAUUGCACUGAUAGUGUAUUAGAUGACGUACCAGACGCUGAUGUGGCAGAGGAUGCUGCUGAGCCCGUGGAUCAUGGAACCUCGGGGAAAGGGAAGAAAACUGCUAAGAGAAGUGGAAAGAAAUUGAUCAGAGACGCUAUCAGCAAUGUGCAAAAGAAAAUCAGCGAGUCAACGUUGAUUGCAGAAGGCGAUAUCAAUAUCAAUAGCAUCGACGAUAAGCCUAAGGCAUGUGCUGAUGGGAAAGGCUCCACGCCAUCAUCCAUCAACGCGACCACUCAGAAAUUCGCACUAGGUGGCCGAGUGACCAACUGGGUCUCGGGGGUCAGGCCUGGACAGUUGGAGUCAGUAUCCCGCCAAUCAUCCCGCCAAUCCAGCACUUCAACCCGAGCACCUCCAACGUCAAUUUUCUCGCAUGACACUGCUUCCUCAGCAGCAACCUCAGCUGCUCAGCCUCGGACUCAGACUCACAUCCCCCCGCCCCCAACUCAAGUUGCUGAUUGUAUCCCAGAAGAUGCCCUUACUGGUGGCUUUGCGGAUGAGAUUGACGAUUCAUUGGAGCGUGAGGCUGCUUGCCUGGAUAGCAAGCAAAAGAAGGGGAAAUCUAAGGUAGCCUCAAUUUUUGACGAGGACUCAGACUGCGGCGGGCCCAAGGCUCCCUUCACACAAAUACCAUCAAUAGAAUUCGACUCGGACGAUGAGCUCAUGGAUUCAUUCACGCAAGAGGAUGAAGACUUGCAGGAGCCUAAGGCUCCAUUCACACAGAUGGACGAUCGCAUAGCCACGGCGGCCCUCAAGCGGAAGGCAAGUGUCAAUUCUGUCUCAGACGAUGACGAGCAGUCCCAGUGGUCCAUGGACAUCGAUCGUGACGAUGUUGAAGAUUUGAUCGAGGACUUCGAUAGUGAACCGCCACAGGCUAACCCUAUCGUAGUGAAAAAGGAGAAGGUUUUGCGCAUGACAACUUCGACAUCUGCGACCACCUCUAAUGCCGACAUCAAGCCGCCUGCUCCAAAAAAGGUCAAAGUUGAAUCUUCCGGGACUCCACAUGCCCAAGCCCAGGCUCCUGCCCGAAAACGCCAGCCGAACGUGGAUACUGCACCAGAGCACAUGAAAUCACGCGCGAUGCAAGCGGACCAGCGCUGGGCCAAGACAUUCCUCCCUACCAUAAUGAUGUGGGUGGGAAGCUACGAAGACAUCUGGAGCAUUCCAGAUGACGUACUGCUCCAUCAUGUCCAGCUCGUUUUCAACGUGGUAUAUCACGAACUCAAGAUUGUCGUUGUUCACGGCAGUGUGGUACAUUUACUCACUGCACAGCGUAUUUCAGAAUGGCGGAGUAAUUUUGGUUCAACGGCCAUUGUGAUAAUCAUCAACUUCUUGGCACGCAAUUCCGACUGCGACUCCAGCGAACUCGCAUCCUCCCUUCUUGCCAGCUGGGCGUUUUUAUACGAGGACCCCGAUAAUAUCAACCCCCUCACAGCAUAUCGUUCACCGUUCCUACUGCAGCUGUAUGGUAGAGCGCACCUCAGCGCCAUCAAUGGUUAUGUGGAGAUUCCUUCCCUCGACUUGGGAGCACUUGCAACGAUCGGGACGUCACGCGUUCUUGCCCUUUCUGCUGCGGCGCUCGAGCGUGCUCUUGGUAUGAUCUCCCGCAAGGAACUCAAAGUCGAAGAGAUCCUGUUGUCUGCGUCGAGAGAAAAGUUUACGAUCAAGCUUCCCAAGGUCCUUAACAAGGCUACAGGGAAAAAGACCAAUGCACCAUUCUUAUUUUCGGCAGCUCGCUGGUCCAAAGCUACUAAUUCGUACAUCAAGUCUAUUUCUAGCAAACCCACUGGCUACGUGGAGGCUACGGUAAAAAUGGCACGCGCUAUUUUACAGGAUGUUGCUGAAACAUCGGGCUCGCUCAACGACUACGAAUCGGACGAGGACGAGCGUGCUAUGAUCUUCGUUGUACCGCUGCCGCCGCCCUACAGUAGAUAUAUGUCGCCGCGAUCAUCGCUUUUGCCCCACCUUUUUCUCCUUAUGUUCGAAUGGCUCCCAACUUUUCAUUUUUGGGAGUCUGCUUAAUCUACACUUAUUUCUACUUGUAUGCCCCCCUUUCAAUAACAAUUGUGCCGCUUUGUCUGCUUUUUGUCUGCUUUUUUAAGCGAAAUAAGUGUUGAAAAAGCGAAUCUCCAGAUAUUGAGUGGGCUUUUUUAAGUGGCUCACGCUUUUCUCUCAAAUGACUUAUCGGUCGCUUUUCAUGAAAUUAAGUGACAAAUAAAGUGAGAUAAGUAACUUGUGGUUUUCCUGAUG